AUGGACUACACUGACAUAUAUUUGCGGCCACGAAAGAAGGAAAGUGUAUCUCCUCAAGAGCCCUUAAGGUCGGCACAGGUGGACUCAGCCGCCGAGUCACGAGUGGAGUGGAUGUUGAAGGGCGCCUUCUCUGUUCAGCAGUUGCUUGAUCGAGUAGAGGAGCUCUCCGCCCGCGUGUGUAUGUUCGAUGAAAAAAUGGUGAACCUUACGAAGUUGGUGAAACUAGCCCAAGGAAUCCAAGAGGAAAAGGAGGCCGACAUCAGGUUUCAGCAGCAGGAGCUGCUGUCGCGGUUAAAACGGUUAGAGCAGGCCUGUGCAAGGUUAGAGGAUAUGGAAACAUUCAAACAAUUCAUCAUUUCCAAGGUACAGGAAACAUUAGAAGAUGCCCACCAAGCAUUUUUGAGUGAUCUGGCGAAGAUCCGAGCCGACGGAGAAGAGCAAGCGGCACGAACGAAACAACGCAUAGAAAACACAGUGAGUGACGUGAGAAGAGAUGUGGAGGAGCGGAUCGCAUCCCUGUGGGGCGAGGCGGAGCAGAAGGACUUGUCAAGGCAAGAGGCGCAAGAUACCCUUCGUGAAAAAUUACGGCUCGUGGAAAGCUCUUUAAGGGAUUUGGAGAUGUCAGUAGGACGGGAUUAUUCACGGGUUCCACCGCUUCAAGAAAAAAUUGACGGUAUUACCCAGUCGCUCAGUUCGCUGGAGCAAAAGGUUGACAAGACUGCGGGCACCGUGGUGACUUUAGGUAACGAGGCGAAGCAGGCGCGGGCAUUGCUCAUGGAAGAAAUAGAAACGACAAGACAGUGGGUUACUCGAAACCUUCAGCGUGUAAAACAACACGUGGAGGUAAUAUCUUCAGAUGUCGAGCAACUACAUAAUGGUCGGGCCGACCUUAGCGCACGCAUCAGUCGUAUAAGCUGCCAGGCGGACAUGGAAUGCAAGAAACUCAGGUCCCAGUUGUCGCAGAAAGCCCUGGUGGCCGACGCGCUUGACAACCUUGUGCAGAAGGAGUUCUACAAGGUGGAGGAUGUCGCUUUGCGACAUCAAUCACUCAGGACGGAGGUAGGGGCAGUGAAGGACGUAUGA